AAUUUCCAUUCUGUCUCCACGGACAAAGUAAGUUGAAGUCAGGAACUAAAUUUCAACGCAAUAAAAGCUCUAUCAUAGAUUCGUGAAGGUCAACAAAUAAAAUUCUACUUAUCGAUACAGCCCCUGUAUAAAGGCGAUCUGAGGCCUGACGCUCGGCCUCAGUCUCCAGGACAUAGUAUGAUGGACACUCACUCCUGGUUCCUUCUUCCAGUCAAUAACAGCCGAUAUCUCGCCUUACGUCUCAGUAUCCAGGCAGGAGCAGAGCCAUGCUAAAACAAAUUUGCAUCACGAAGCCUCCAAGCUGUUCCUAAAUUAGGCCAACUUUUAAAAGGCGAACAAAUACAUCUGAAGCAGAUGGGCGACUUCCGGUAAGAUGGCGAUUGCUUAGCUGCUCCAAACUUUUGUUCCGUUAUUUUCGCUAUCUUUGCACUAAAUGUCUCCAUUUUUUAAACCUUAAUUAGGAACUUUAUUUGGUUUCUUUUACUUGCCUGUGAACACAUCUACCUUACAAUGUCUAGCAAGAGUUCUAAAACCGGGAGAAAGGAAGUUCCAGCUCUGCCUUCUGAGACCCUCGCUGCGCUGGAACAACACCGAGACGAUAUUUUAAAGGAAUUUAGAACUGCUUUCAAACAGCUGGAAGCCAAAAUGGAUCGGAUCAAAGAUAGAGUGGACGAACAUGCUGAACGCUUAUCUCGCAACGAUUCGACUUCUGAAAAUUUAGAAAGUCGUGUUCGAUACUUGGAGACUCUCUGUUCCAGCCUAGAAGAAAAAAAUAAUAAACUCAUUUCCAAAAUGGUCGAUCUCGAAAAUCGGAGCAGACGUUGUAACCUUUGAAUUCUUGGGUUGCCAGAGGCCACCGAACAGGGAUCAACCGUGAAGUUUUUCACCGAGUUUCUCUGUGAGAUAUUCGGGAAAGAUUUGCUUCUGAACCUGCCUGAGCUCGAAAGGGCACACCGGGUCUACGUUCCCCCUGGAAUUCUGGGCUCCCGCCCGCAACCGGUAAUUCUGUGCUUCCAUUAAUACCAGGUAAAACACCGUCUGAUCAUGGAGGCACGUCGCAGAGGUACUUUUACUUUCCAAAAUACAAUCAUUCGCUUUGUGGAAGAUUUUGCACCCCAGACCUUAAAGAUGCGCACUGAGUUUAAAGGUGCAAUGAAAGUGCUUUUUGAUCGUGGUUUUAAACCCUCUCUUCGCACUCCUGCCGAUUUACGAAUCACGCGUAGUACUGGAAAAUAUAAGUGGUUUAAGUCAGUGAAGGAGGCUGAGGCAUUUGUUGCAAGUCUUCUGGCUAUCCAGCCAUCUUCGGAACCCGAUUGGACCUCCUAAAAUGGUGGAUAAGUACUUCUCGUAGUAAAAUUACUUUUCCCGGACUCAGACUUUACUUGAAUCACUCAGGCACUAUAUAUUGAAACUCUAAGGGCUGUUGACAAUCUCUCCCUGGAUUUGGUGUGUCUUUUUUAAAUAGGCAUUCUGUGCUUAAUGUUUCCCUAUGGACGUUUAAAUAGUACUUGUGUAAUCUAUUUUAUUCUUGUGUAACUUUAUCUAUAGAGUUCUACAAUUGACUCUAACUUGUUUUGGAGGUUUGAAGUCUUUAUUGAAGGCCUCCCUGUUUGUUGGUUCACAGUUUAACUGCUGAUUAUUAUUAUUUAUUUAUUUUUUUACCUUUUCUUUUAAUCUUUGAUUUUUUCUCCUCUCUGUAAAUGGUUGAUAAGUACUCUUCUUGAAUCUAUAAUUUUCCCCUUCCUCCCUUUUCUUUCCCCCCUUUCUCUUACUUUAUUCUUCCAUAAUUUUUCGCGGGUAGGUUAGUUUUGGUUUUCUUCCGAUUUUCUCUGUAUUAAGUGUUAUAUUUCUGCAGAAGAUGUUCCAAUUUGUAGUUAUGUUUUCUAGUGCAUAAACUAGUUACUAUUUGCUAUAGUAUUUAUACGGAACUGCUGUUAAUGACACAGAUUUGGAAGUUAUAUUUGGGUUAAUUUUUUUGGUAGAGCUAGCUGCCUUUUUUGGUAGCCGUCUAGUUUUGGGUUGUGUGAGUGGGGUGGGUUUUCCAUUUCCAACAUCACUCACUGUAUUUAUUGUUUGUCUUUAUUGCUCAGGACAUGUUUAUGUUUUGAUUUCACGAAUCUAUGCUUACAUUUCUGCUCCCAGACUGCUAUUGUAUUGCUUGACUUUUUAUAUGCCUGCUGCCUUUUAUGCAUUAGUAAUUGAUAAUGGCUAGUGCACUUAAAUUCGUGAGCUGGAAUGUAAAGGGACUGAAUCACCCUGUUAAAAGGAGGAAGGUAUUCUCACAUAUUAAACAACUCAAAGCUGACAUUGCUUUCCUUCAAGAAACUCAUAUUCGUUGUUUUGAUAACUCCCGGCUUCUGUCAAAGUGGGCAGGUCAGCAUUUUCAUUCAUCCUUUGCCGCUAAAGCUAGGGGAGUCUCCAUUCUUAUUAACUCAAAUAUUCCUUUUGAAUUCCAUAAUAAAAUAUCUGAUACAAAUGGCCAUUUUAUUAUUGUUUCUGGUAAACUAUACAACACUAAAGUUGUACUCGCAAACCUGUAUGCCCCCAACUUUGAUGAUGUUAACUUUUUUGAACUUUUUUUUCCUCACUACCAGACUUAAACUCAUACUCUCUUAUACUGGGUGGUGACUUCAACUGUUGGUUAGAUCCUAAUCUGGAUUGAUCGUCCUCUGUUACCAGAUCACCUACUAAAUCUGCCUUACCUAUCCAAUCGUUUCUCUCUAAUUUUGGUAUCUCUGAUAUAUGGCAUUUCCUUCAUCCUACUGAGAGAGAUUAUUCUUUUUUUUCACAUGUUCACCAUACCUUCACUUGAAUUGACUAUUUCUUACUCGAUAACCAACUUAUUCCAUUGGCCUACUCUUGUGACUAUCAGAGUAUACUGAUUUCUGACCAUGCCCUAAUUACUCUCUCGCUGAACUUUCCUGGUCUCCCUCAGAGGAAUAAACACUGGCAGUUUGAUUCAACUUUAUUAUCGGAUGAUGACUUUUUAAAAUUUAUUAAGGAUCAGAUAACCUUUUAUUUUAACACUAAUACAUCACCUGAAGUGUCAUCCUAGAUUGUCUGGGAUGCCAUGAAAGCAUAUCUGAGGGGGUCAAAUAAUCUCUUACACAGCAAAUCUCAACAGAAGAUCCUGUGCAGAUCAAUUAGACCUCAUUAACCAGAUUAAAGAAUUGGAUCAACUAUAUGCUCAAACUAAGAACCCUGAACUAUACAAGAAGCGUGUUGAACUCCAAACUAAAUUUAAUCUUCUGUCCACUCAACCUGUCGAACGCCAACUUCUCGAAAGCAAAAGUCGCUUUUACAUUCAUGGGGAUAAGUCUGGUAAAUUUCUAGCCAAUCAGCUGAGGCGUUCCAAAGCCAAACAACAUAUUACAAAGAUCCGGAAGGAGAACGGAGACUUUACAUCGGAUCAUUUAGAAAUUAAUGACGCAUUUAAAUUUUUUUAUUCUCGGCUUUAUUCCUCUGAAUCUUCGAAUGACAAUAUCUCUGCUGAUCAAUUUUUAAAGAAUCUGAAUAUUCCUUCACUUUCAUCUGAUUCUAAAGCCAAACAAUGCGCCUAUGUCAUCAGAAGAAAUAUCUUUUGCAAUUUCUGCACUGUCCUCAGGGAAAUCUCCUGGACCUGAUGGGUUCCCUGUAGAAUUUUAUAAAUCAUUCUCUUCACUUCUCAGUUUCUCCUCAGUUACUUUCAGUAUUAUCUGAUUUGUUUAAUUACGGCAAAUUGCCACCCUCUUUCAAUGAGGCAUCUAUUAUUCUUCUAUUAAAAAAGGGCAAAGACCCAACAGAGUGUUCCUCGUAUAGGCCGAUUUCUUUGCUCAAUGUUGAUGUAAAGAUCUUAGCUAAAGUUUUGGCUCAUAGAUUAGAAACCAUUAUUCCCUCCAUUAUCUCUGAUGACCAAUCAGGUUUUAUUAAAAACCGUCUCCCUUUUUUUAACAUUCGGCUUUUAUUUAAUAUCUUAUACUCACUUCCAACUGGGAUUCCCGAAUGUGUUAUUUCCCUCGAUGCGGAGAAAGCAUUUGAUUGUAUAGAAUGGAACUACCUUUUUGCAGUCUUAGAAAAAUUUGACCUCGGUCAAAGUUUCAUCUCUUGGAUCAAAUUGCUGUACCUGUGUCCUACUGCUUCUGUUUUAAAUAAUUUUCAGAAAUCCCAGGUAUUUAAUCUCAAACGUGGCACCCGUCAGGGAGGCCCCUUAAGUCCCUUUCUCUUUGAUUUGGCUAUAGAACCUUUAGCAAUAGCAUUUCGAAAUUGUCCUGAAUUGACCGUAAUUUGGAGAGGGGGUGUUGAGCAUAAAGUUUCUCUUUAUGCUGAUGACUUAUUACUCUUCCUCUCAAUUCCGUCUACAUCCUUACCUCCAAUGUUUUCACUUCGUGACCAGUUUAGCCAGAUCUCUGGCUAUAAACUUAAUUUACAUAAGAGUGAACUUUUCCCAAUUAAUAAAGAAGCACAAGAAUUAACAUUUCGUGAUCUCCCUUUUAAAGUAGUCCAUAAUCAAUUUACUUAUCUUGGAAUUACAGUCACAAGGAAGUUUAAAGAUCUCUUUCGUGAAAACUUUGCCAAUCUUUCAUAUACUAUAAAACAGAGUCUGGUACAAUGGUAACCUCUAUCUAUGUCUUUGGUAGGUCGUAUUAAUGUUGUUAAAAUGUAUGUUCUCCCCAAACUUUUAUACUUAUUUCAAUCUAUCCCAAUUUUUAUUCCUAAAUCUUUUUUUGAUUCCUUAGACUAUUAUUUUGUCAUAUCUGUGGAAGAAUAAGCGCUCUAGAAUUAAUAAAAUCCAUCUCCAAAAAUCUAAAAAAGAGGGUGGCAUGGCUUUACCUAACUUUCGUUUAUAUUAUUGGGCAGCUAAUAUAUGUUGUGCUACCUUUUGGUCUUUCUUCCAUGGCCAACCCAAGUGCCCUAAUUGGGUGGCGAUGGAGUUGAGCUCCACUAAAGAAUUAUCUAUCUCUGCACUUCUUGGCUCUGCACUCCCUAGCAGUCUGUCCAGAUUAAUAGCUAAUCCUCUUGUUAGACACACUCUGCGUAAAUGGGCUCAGUUUAGGAAAUGCUAUGGUUUCCAUGGUUUUUCUGUUUCCAGCCCUGUCGUACAUAAUCACCUUUUUUUACCUACCAUGUACGAUACAGCAUUCCAGGUUUGGUUUAGAAAAGGCAUUAGACGUUUUGAAGAUCUCUUCAUUGAUAAUCGCUUUGCUUCUUUUCAGCAGCUCUCUGUUCAGUUCAAUCUGCCCAAUGCUCAUUUUUUUAGAUAUCUCCAAAUUAGACACUUUAUUGCUCCUUUAAUUCCUAACUUUCCUGAAAUGCCUGCGAAAAAUGCUAUGGACUUAUUUCUUUCCAUUAAUCCACUAGGUAAAGGUUUAAUAUCAAUUAUCCAAGAUAAAUUAGCAGCCUUACGACGGGCCCCUGUGGAUAAAAUUAAAAUGGCAUGGGAGCAUGAUUUAAAUACCUCCUUAUCUGAUGAGAGCUGGGACUCGAUUCUCAAAUCGGUUAACUCAACCUCUCUUUGUGCUCGCCAUUGCCUUUUACAGUUUAAGAUUGUUCAUAGAGCCCAUAUGUCUAAAUCUAAACUAUCUCGAUUCUACCCUGACAUUAGUCCGCUCUGUGAUAAAUGCAAGAGAGGCGAGGCCUCUCGCAUUCAUAUGUACUGGUUCUGUCAUAGCUUGGAAAAAUUUUGGAAAGAUGUCUUCACUACGUUAUCGUAUAUUCUGAAUCAGCACCUAGAACCAAACCCCUUAAUUGCUUUGUUCGAUUUCUGGGGCGAGACAGAUUUACAUCUGAGUCCGACCAAAUGCCGAAUAUUAUCCUUUGCCUCUCUCCUGGCUAGACGCUUGAUCCUCCUUAGAUAGAGAGAUGUUGCCCUGCCCAUUCAUGCUCAAUGGCUUAACGACAUUAUGGCCUGCUUGGACCUUGAAAAAAUUCAUUAUUCAGUUCUUAAUUCGGACCUAAAGUUCAAUAAGGUCUGGGGACCUUUUAUCGAGUACUUUCAUAACCUUCCUCUUGACUAGGGUUUUUUUACUUUUCGGUCCCUUGCUUUCAGCUCCUUUUUUUUUCUGGUAGUAAGCAUUACUACCCUCUGUUGCUAAGUGUAUUCACAGUCUGGGAGUUUGAUUGUCCUGAUUUAUAUUCUCUAUAUUGGUCUGGAGUUUUUUUUGUGUUGUGGGGCUUGGGGAGGACGGUAAGUUUACUUGUCUUCAAUUUUGGUGCUUUUUUUUAAAUUCUCUUUCUCUGUAUCAUAUUGUCAUUGUAUGCUUAAUUUUGCACUGUAUUAAUGUUCCUCAUUGUGAUUUGGGGUUUUUUAAUCUGUAAAAUGUAUAUAAAAAAAACAAAAAAACUAAUGAAGCAGAUGGGCUACUGUUGUUCUCAGUGUUCAUGGAUGAAUACCACCAACUUUUGGGGACCAUACAGACAUCUCACUUGUGGCAUCAUGAUAGUUAGUGCAUUUUUGUAUGGAGAAAGCAUGCUGUUCAUGCUGUUUAUAAAUUAUUAGAGAACUACAGAUAUUGGGAUAUAAUGUUAGGAUCAUUCUACUUACCUUGUAUCCUAUUUGUGCUUUAUAAAAUGUUCUUAAAAUUUAGAAUUCUCUUUGUCAUAAAAUUGCUCAUUGCCACAACUCUUGCAUCAUGUUAUGAAGUGUUACACAGAGUCAUAAAUUUGUACAGCGUAAGACACGAGCCUUUCGACUUGCAACAUCAUGUUGCUUGUGGUGCCUCUACACCAAUCCCGAGUCUGCCUUGCCUCCUCAUGUGCUGCCACGAACAUUGCGAUUGUACCUGCCUCCUGCCAGUAUUUUCCAGAUAUCAACCACAUUUUGUGUAAAAAAAACAUUUUUCACGUCUUCUUUAAUAUUCUUCCGUCUAACUUAUACACCUCUUCCCUCUUGCUCCCCUGAUUUUGACAACCCCUACCUUGGGAAAAAUAAUUCUGACUAUUAAUCUCAUCUAUGCUUCUUUUAACUUUAUUCAGGUCAUGACGUCAGCCUCUUUCACUCCAGGGAAAACAAGCACAGACUAUCCAACAUCUCUCUAUAACUAAAAUACUUCAAUCCAGGCAACAUUCUGGUUAAUCUCCCUUGUACUCACUCCAGUGCAAUCAGAUACCCCAGAUGUGGCCUAACCAGGGCUUUGCAAAGUUGCAAAAUGAUGUGUAACUCUUAUAUUCUCUAAUUCGACCUUUGGAGGCAAGCAUACUACAGGUGCUUUUCACAACCCUAUUAUCCACAACCCUGUGUGUGGUUUUCUGGGAGCUAUGAACUUGCACCCUGUUGAUGAAAAGUCUUUGGACCCCCAGCAUUAUUUAGACUCACAAUCUGAAUGCACAGAACAAUAUGACAUAUCAAAAAUCCAUGCUUAAUCUUCACAGCAGCAUUUGUAAUUAAGAUUAUUCAGCUUUCCAUUAGGUAUUCUUACAUUUACACUUGGAAAUUUUCAACUGAACAUUGCAGCGAUCAUUUUUAGAUUUAUUACUGAUUUAUUAUGUGCCCAUACAAAAAGAUCUUUAAUGAGAACAUUAAAUGAGACGAAACUUAAUUUCCUGGGCCAUGUCAUCAGAAAGAGAGAAAUAGAAUGCCUUACAUUACAAGGCCGUAUGCCUGGGAAACGCGGAAGAGGAAGGCAAAGAAGAAAAUAUAUGGACACUGUUAAAGAACUAACAAAUCUAAGAGUGCGAGGUAUCAUUGACACUAUGAGGGAUCGUUCGAUGUGGAGAACUAUGAUUGCCCAAGUGUGUAACGUGCAAGGCAAAUGAAGAACAGAUAUUUCAUUUAGGCUGCAUGGUAACACAAUGUGGUGAAUUUGUGAAUAAGUGGGUGUGAUUUUGAGAACAUUCAGUAAUUGUAGUUUGUAGAUAAUAAAUCUACACAAUAAUCUUCAUCAUGUGCACAAAUAAACACUUUGACAAAGAUAAUGUUGGACAUCGACAGGGUUGAUUUAUACAGAGCUUGUUUAUAAGAAUUUAGUAGUGAACAAAGUUUGAGGAGAAUUUAAUGCCUCUUAGAAUUCACCUUACUGACAAAAAAAAAUUGACAACUUAGACCACCAGGAGGACUGAUAUUGAGGGUGAUGGGAAAGAGGCUGUGCUGCAGUAUGAUAUGAGGGAGCUCUUUCAAAGCUUGAUUAGAUGAAUGGCCUUGUUGCAUGAUCACAAUUUUCCAGUCAAGCAGAAAUAACUUUACAAAUAUUUGCCAAGAAACUGGAUUGCCUAGGGCUUAUAUUUUGUGUGCAAUUUGCAUGUGUCUGGUAUUGCUGACGCACCCAACAAUGUCCAAUUCGUGCAACACAUAGUUCCACCCUUACUGAAGCAAACUGGAGAUUUGGCACGAAUUACGGUGAUAAUCAACAUAUCACUGUUGAACUGGGCAUACAUUGUUGCGUUUUCCCCCCAUGAUUUCAAGGGGCAAUCUGUUGAUUUUAGGAAAUCUGACUGGAGGGUUUUUUUUUGCAUGUUUAUGGUGGUAGUUGGGACUUCGGGACAAAAGGCAAAGAUGACAAGACGCUACACCACAGAAUC